GUUCGCUGUCCCGUACUCCGACCCAGUCCGAGGAUCAGCUGAUUCGUUUUAUCGCCUCUUGUCGCGGUUGUUCGUCGACCAUCAUCGAGAUCAUCCUCGUAAACGACUCGGAGUAACACACCAAAAUUCCGAAAUAUUUACUCCGCGUCUUCAUGGGGCGAUCUUGCCUUGCGAGCGAGAUCUCGCGUUCACGAGGGGUGAUCGGAUCCUCCCUAGAGGAUUACGAUGCCGCGGAGUUUGCGAACGUGGGGCCGCCUAGAAAUAGUUACGGCGCGGAGGGGAAGAGGCCACGCGUGGACGGGAUAAGUUGUGUCUAUUUUUGCGGGAGAGACGCUUCCUAGGAUCUGUCUUUCUUCCGAGUCCUGGACUUUUGUCCUUUAAGAUUCCACUGGUAAACCAGUCAAGAUGACGGAGAACUUGCCCGAGGAGGUAACAAAGUCGAGUUUUCGUCGCAAAGUAUGGGACUACAUGAUGAAGAACGAGUUGGUGAACUUCCCCGUUAACAUAUACAAGCGUAUACCGAACUUUAAAGGCGCUGCGGAGGCGGCGCAGCGAUUAAUCGAGUUGGAUGAAUUUAAGAAAGCGAGAGUCAUAAAGAUAAAUCCGGAUAAGCCGCAAGAACCAGUGAGAUUUUUAGCUCUGGAAGCGAACAAAGAAAUCAUCGUGCCUAUUCCCAGAUUGAGAACUGGCUUAUUCUUACACGUUACGCCAGUCGCCGGUGCAACGAAGGAACAGCUGAAAGCGCUAGCUUCCAUGCGUGGUUUGGAGCAAGCGGGUAAACCACUUGGAUUGGAUUCUCAUAUUAAGGUAGAUCUCGUUGUUCUGGGAUCGGUAUGUGUCAGUCGGGAUGGAUACAGGCUCGGCAAAGGGGAAGGUUUCGCGGAUCUUGAAUUCGCGAUGAUGAUGAGAAUGGGCACAAUAACGGAAAAUACAAUUGUUGUCACAACGGUACACGAUUGCCAAAUCGUAGAUCACUUGCCAUCGCAAUUGUUCAAAGAAUACGACGUGCCAGUAGAUAUAAUUGUUACUCCGACGCAAACUAUAUACAUAGAGUCGAGAUUAGAGAAACCGUCUGGCAUUCUGUGGCACAUGCUUAGCGAAAGAAGACUCAAAACCAUGCAGGUAUUACAGCAGCUCAAAGAGAUGGAUGAAAAGGAUGGCAAAGUUGUAGUUCUGAAGGAAGUCGAUUCCGAUGUGGAGAUGCGCCAGUAUAUCAAGAAUCGCGUUAAAUAUUCAAAAAGCAAGAAACGUUUUAAUGCAAAGAGAGAUACGCCUAAUACAGAAAGCACUAUGGAAAGCGGCAAAGAUAAAAUCGACAAGCCGCGUUUUCCACGAAGACGAACGUAUAAGAAACCAAAAGUUGAGGAGGAAAGUAAUCCUCUCAAUGCUGAAGUACAAACAAAGGAAAACAACACCAAGAACGCGACUCGGCGACGUAAGAAUCUUCGCGCUAGAACAAAAACGCAUAUCGAUUUCUCGUUAAAGCUUUCGAAUAUCUCAUCCGGCGUUAGAGUUCGCGAUUUAAAGAACGCACUCUUGAUGCGUGGCGUUAAGCCGAGCGAGAUAACUUGGCAAGGAUACCGCGGCAUAUGUUACCUUCACUUUAGCAAACUUAGAAACGAAGCUGCUCCGCCCGAUCAACCGGUUCAGGUAGAUUCGAUCGUGGCAAAUUUGCAGCAGCUUCGAAUCGGUGACUCCGUGAAUGAUGAAGAUGGGUUUAUAUAUGUAGAACCCGCAAAACCGAUUUCCAGAAUUGAAGUAACCGAUGUGACGACUGUCUAAAAGUUUAUCGAAAACAUCGAACACAUGUAACUACAUGUUGUUUCUUUGGCCGUUUACAUUUUGUCGUCGAACGUAGGGAUGGACGUCUUCCAAAGUCAAUCCUUUUUUUAUGAAAAUUUUGUUAUAUAUACUAAGAGUCCCAAGCAACGCACGUUUCUCUUUAUUUAUAAACUUUUUAACAAAUUUUGCGUGUGAAAACUACAGCUGAUACUUAAUUAAAAGCUAUUAAUUGACAUUUCUAGCUUCUUUAUCUUAUUUUUGUUGUUUUGGUCAUUGAUCGAAGAAUCUCUACAAUUAAUUAAAGCCAUUAAUUAAAAGAUAUGUUAAAUAAGUAAAUGUUUUCUAAAAUUAACUAAGCGACGUUAAUGUUAGACCAUAAAUUGCUGAUUUAAUUGCUAAUUUAAUUUGAAUGACUUGAAGAAAUUGUGCAAUUUCUGGGACAUACUGUAUCUUAAUUUUUUUUCCGGAUAUUAGCUUGAAUACUUAAAGCACACGCAGUACGUAUUAACAUUAACAUACGUCUUAUAUAAUUAAACGUCUUAUAUAAUUUCACAUUUUGCUGUUAUUUUACUUAAAUCUAUAUAUUGGUGUUGUACUUGCAAAUUACACCGAAGUAACAUCGACGACGAUGCUUUGCGUUUCGGUUUAAGCUAAGAUGUGAUAUAUACCUGGUGCAGUGCGAAUAUUAAUAUUUGAUAGUUAUCACAUUAACAUACCACAUAUUUUUGGUUAGUGAUUUUAUUUAUACUACUUUUGUAAUAAUAUUAAGCCGUUACAUUUUGAUGUACAAGAAAAUAUCGGGUAAUUUUCCAACAAAUUUAUCGCAACGCCCAUGAAAUAAUCUGUGAUCAAAAGAUACUUAGAAUAAGAAUAAGUAAAAUAGUUGGGAGAAACAAUAACAGGCACAAGAUCAUUAAAUGAAAAACAUUAUAGUUAUGAAGAUUUUAUAUACAUACAUGCAUAUAUAUAUAUAUAUAUAUAUAUAUAUAUAUAUGCAUGUUUGUGUGUGUAUGUAUCUAUAAUUGGGACAUAUGUACAUUCGCACUAUUUUUAAGUGAAAUAUUUUUAUUGCUUUUUUAUUAAUUUAAGUGAAUUUGAACUAUAGCGCUUCAUAAACCUUUCCACACUUUCAAAUAUUCAACUAUAUUCUUUUACAAAAUUGGAAAGAGUAAUGCUUUACGCGUAACGCCAUUGCUUUGCUGUACCUUUUUUUGUCAAACAAUCGCUACUUUUUUGUUUGAUCGAUUGUUACUGUUAUCGUUACCAUUUGUAAUUAUAACAGUAACAUUUUUACAGCAACGGUAAUGAAUUAUAUCGUUACUUUUUAAUUAAACAUACAAUGCGUAUAAACUAUGUUGCAAAUAAUUAAAAUCAUUAUAGGUUUUGUUAUUGAAUUGAUCAAAGAGCGAUAAUUGGAUACCAUUUUAAAAGCAAGUCAUCAAAAUUUUGUGAAAAAGUAACAAAAAAAAACAGUAAAAGCCGUUAAAUUUUAAAAUUAAUAAUGAAUAAAAGUAACAAGUUACUUUUUACAAAAUGUAACAUGUUACCUUUAUAAAUUAACAUUCUUAAUUUUAAUUUUUGACUUUGAUCUUUAUGAAUUCCUCUAAAUGAUAUACAUUAAUUAUUCUGUACCAAAUCUGCACGUUAUAUUAAAUUGAAGAAAUACUCAAACCUGGCUCAUUGAUAAGAAAUAAUUUGAGCAAAGAAUCUUUUCAAAUUUAGAACAGCUAAUGAAACAUCCGGGACUAGACAUUUCGGCGUCCAAGACAAAGAAAAAAUGCAAUUAUUAACAAAAAAUAAAAUAUAAUUAGAAUUAAUAUUAGUUAAAUGAUAUUUAAUUUAUGAAUUAAAAUGUAAAAAUGUAUAUUACCAUUUUUACAUCCCUUCAAAUGUUUUACAAGAGACAUGUUCCUCGUUUGGCUACAAGUCCUGAGUCUGGAAACAUCAAAUAUAUAUUACUUUUUGAUUAAUUUUUGGCGCGAAUUAAAGUACAUAAUACGUGUGAUAAAGGAUUUGCAAAAAAAAUUAAUACAUGCCAUAGAUAUAUAUUGACUGUUGUUGUAUCUCUCCACGGAAUACCGAAAAUCAUUUUCAAUUACUUUAUUUAUUCUCUGCAGAAAUAUGAGUUGAGAUUAAUAGACGAGUAGGAUGCAUAUCUGCGAUAAUAUCUGAUGAUGAAUUAUCUAACGUUAUAGACUGAUGACAAUAGUUUAAGUGUCGUUUAUAAAAGACACCCGAGACAGAAGGUGAAUUAUCGACAUUUCUUCAUGUUUAAACAAAGAAAAGUACUCUAUUUUUCUGAACAGAUACACACAGAUAUACACACACAUGUACGGAUGCACACGCGCAUAUUCUAAAUGAAGAUAAAUACAAAUAAUAUAUUUUCAUGCUCUAGCCGCUUUAUAGACAUGUUGCGGUCUUCCAUGUAUUGCUAUUAUUCGAGCGUGCAGGGAAAAUAAUAGGUGCUUGCGUGUUGGCUGAAGAAGCAAAGAAACGGCAAUACUUUGUGAUAUUAACCAAUAUAAUUUACCUUAUUGUUUCUAAUCGCGCCGGUGACAUACACGUAGAACUAAUGAUUGUUUCUACGCGCAAUAGACUUAUCAUGCUAUUACUUGCGUAUAUAUCAUGUAUAUAAAUCUUGCGUAUAUAAAGAUAACAUUUCUUUUUAUUAAA